CAAUGUGUAGUCUCUCUUACAAAUACUAAUUAUUACUAUUACACCUCAUCACUUCUUUAUUAUAUUAUAGUCUGAAAUUAGACAUUUCUAUUCAGAAUGUGAAAUACAGUUUUGGUCCAAAGAGGGUCAAAUUUAAUUAAACUUUAAGAACAUUAAAAUAGAAACCCUAAUAGCUUAUAGAAAAAGUACCAUACAGACAUUUCCUUUAGGUAAAAAAUAAAGCUUUGUAAAGAAGCGAAUCUUUAUAUGGUCAGAAAUUCAUCUGUAAAAACUGCAUGCUAAGAAAUGCUUUAAAGCAUUGCCCACUUUUUAACCAUAUGUCUUUUUCCUAGUUAGGAAAUGAAGAAUGGAUUUUAAUUAAAAACAGCAAUCCAAUGAGUCAAAACAUUACAUACUUUAGUGAAACUACAGCAGACCGUGCAUAACACAUGCAUAGCAAUUGUGAUAAAAAAAUAAAGCAAAUGAAACAGAUUAUAGGCAAGUAAUAAAAUUCAACAACCUUUAAAUCUGAAACAUUUACAAUGUGUCAAAUUUCCUAAAAGACAUUUUUUAACCAAAGUUGCAACAGAAAUAACCUAUUACGGCAGAGAUUUUCAGAAAAUCAGAAAAAGGCAGUAUUGGUAGAAAUGGUACAGGUAUUGUAUUUUUUGUGAGAGAUCAUGUUAAAGAGAUCACAGGUAACAAUUAUGUUUUCAGUCAAUGGAUUAGUUAGAAGAUAGUAGAAACUCCUCUACCAGAACUAGGCUGCAGAAUUCCAGAGUAAUUCUGUGGUAAAUAGCAGUGGUGUGAUAAUCAGUGCGUUGUCAUCAUGUUUAGAAAUGAUUAUUUACCAUUCGAGAUGCCGGUUGAAUAAAUCAGAAGCAUGCCCUUACCCUUCAUAAUUUAUAAAAAGGCUGAAGAAGUUCAUACUUAUUUCAUUUUGAUUCAAAAGCCUAAAGGCCCUGUGUAGUGUUUAUUGUAUCCAGUCAAAAGUAAGAUCAAUGGGCUUACAAAAACAGAUAAGCACACUUACUGUACAUGAAAAACAUUCCCAAAUGUGUUACGCAAGUGUUAUGCUUUAAUUUUAAGAUUUAGCUUUAGAAGUGUACAGGAAACAUAUGUUUAAGAGCUCCAUCGUGAAAAGUAUCUUUGUUCAGUUGUAAACAGCAACUAGUGUUGCUAUGGAGGAAGAAUUUUACUUACAAUUCACAGUUACUGUGAAAACAGGCUCAGUGUCUCAGACUGGCAUUCUAAGGAACUUUUUUCUGGCACUGUAUAGUCUCCUCUGCAGCUAUGGCUUUGUCAUAUUCGUAUUUCAACUUGGGAUCCAAAGAUACUAAAGGACAGAAGAGCAGGGCAGUGUCGUCUGGAAAUAAGUCUCAGUCAGCUGUGGACCCCGACUACAAAGACCCUGUAAAACAAGACCAGGUGUGGAGGGAGUUUGUGCACGCAGAAUUGGAAGGAGCUAGACAAUGGCAAAAGAACUGGAGUUUUCUUAAGAAUUAUGACCAGCUGGGAAGGCUGAGAGAAGAGAAGGCCUUACCUACGUAUGUGACUGUGUUCUCAGAUAAAGUGCCAAACACGAUGAACCAGACUUUCGGCAACAGAAUGAACACUGACAUCGGACAGGCAUUGAUACACAUGGACAGCAUUCUUCUCCGAGGCAACCGCAAGAAAAAACUCAGCCAGGACAUGCUACCAUGCUAGAAUUGUCUUUUCUUAUCUCAGAGUGGAUAAAAAGACACUCAGGGUCUUUUUAUGUAAACAUUUGUGGCCCCAGAUAUAAUGGAAUGUCUAAAAAAAGGUACAAAUGUGGCCAUCUGUCGCAUCACAACACUCUUCUGUAUGCCAAAUGCCUGGUACCUGACUUUUUACACAUUAUGUAUUUGAUUUGUUUUGCUUUUUUUGCAAUUAUAUCACUCCUAAGUCAGGGUUGCACUUUACAAAAAGGCAGAGCCCUGUACUGUAUAUACCUCUGUUUUUGUAAUUCAGUGUAAGCUCAUAUGCUUUGAGAGAAUAUGUACUGUAUGAUCUUAGUCCAGUUGAAAUGAUUUGCCAUUCUGCUGACGAUAACAUACUGUAUAUCCUCUUGUUUUGGUAUUUGUAUUCUUUUAUUUCUGUUUAAACUUAUAAAGUUUAUGUGGUCACUUCC